GACAUAUUCAUUCCCAGCGGUGGUACGUGGUAAUGCCGAGUCCGGCCACGGCGGUCCUGGGGAGGAUCGCUCUCUUCUUCGCGGUUGCUGUUGGACUCUACGCAGCGCUGCUAGGCGUCCUACUGCAUCCCACCCUGCAGCGCUUUGCGCUCUACGUUAACAAGCUCAACACCUUGCCGUUUGGGGAUGAUCUGAACAAUGGCGAAUCUUUCGGCUACUCAAAGCAUCAAGUCACACCGUUUGAACUGCCAACACCGGACGGCGAGACAUUGUAUGCUUGGCAUAUCUUACCGUUGGACGUCUAUGCCCGCCAUGAGCAAUCUCUGCGUGAGGAGCAAAGACCGCAUCUACCCAUGAGCAUGGACGAGUUUAGGCGGAGCAGUGCCUUCCAGUUCCUCACGAGCGAUGAGCCGGUGCCAGCACAAGUUAUUGUAGCCUUCCACGGCAAUGCCGGUCAUAUCGCUCAAGGCUGGCGAACAGAUACAUACCGACAACUUGCUCUCAGACCGAACACGCAUGUCUUGACAAUCGACUACCGUGGUUUCGGUCAUUCGACCGGUUCACCGACAGAAGCAGGCCUGAUCACGGAUGGCACAGCGCUUAUUGACUGGGUCAUGCAUGCCGCCGGUAUUCCGCCAGAACGCAUCGUGGUUCUCGGGCAAAGCUUAGGAACUGCCGUUUCAAGCGCCGUGACCCUGCACUUUGCCGACCCCUCGAGCGAGCUCAUCCCGAGCACAUCAAGGGAGCUGCGUCCGCUGCUUGCAAAGGAGGGCUCCAUCCAACCGACUGCAUUCGCUGGGGUCGUGCUUGUGGCGCCUUUCUCGAGCUUACCGUCCCUUUUGCUGACAUACCGUAUCGGCGGCUUCCUACCGAUACUACUCCCUCUGCGGCCCUUCCCGUACAUUGCUGGCAUGCUCACCAGUCGAAUGGUCGACACUUGGCGUUCCGCAGACCGUUUGGCAGCAUAUUAUCAGGCACUUGCCAACAGUCCGCUGACGAAGUCUGACCGCACCGGUCGAGUCAUGGGUAGCCUCCAGCUUGUGCACUCCAUUAGGGACAUGGACAUCCCGUAUCAUCAAACGGAAAUGAUCUGUCGACGCGUCUUUGGUGGAGGCUUCGAGCCGGGCGUUUACGAGAAGGAGGAAGACUCUGGUCUGGUCGACUGCGUGGAUGGCAGCCGUGGAGCGGCUGUGCUUGACGUUAAGGCAGCGAAUCGGCCACGGGUCAGAUUCGAAAUAAUCGAGUAUGGAGGCCACAAUCGCAUUAUCACCUACAGCCAGGUAGCUGCCGCUAUCUCACGGGUCUUCGACAACCUCUUCGACUAGCCGCUGACAACAGCUGGCAACUGCAAUUGACUGGGAUUGACCAAAGGUCCCUGAAUAGUGCUGUUGUGCUGCCAAUGUGCUGCGAGCUGAUAGAGUGGGCUUUUUAUAUAGAGUUAGAGCUGUCCCGAAGGGUGGACUUAAACUCAUGGCAGUUCGUCUUCG